AAAAAGGCUCCUCGCAUGGUUUACAUACAGUCAAAGAACAAGACAGUUCCUAUCUGUAGACUUAACAAUCUAAAAAAAGCAAAAAGACACAAGAGAAAAGGAUCAGCGAGGGAAGAGCACCAGUUUCUAAAGAGCUGUUCCCAUCAUGACCAGCUGGCCCAGUUCAAGGGGCAGGAGGUGCCCGAGGGAGCUGGGCCUCUAGCAAAGUGGGUGAAACGAGCCCUGCUUCCCUGGGUGACAGCUGAGAGGGGACCUGGUGGGGCUGGGCUGUCACAGCAGAGCGAUGGCAUGAACUCUGACUCUCAGCUCUCCCACUGCUGGAAUGUAUUCAGUGGAAGACAAGGUUUGUUUCCUAGCUAUGUGUUCCAAGUGCAGCAACGAAGGAGCUUGUCGCUGCAUGAAUACUUAAGUAUGGAACUAUUAAAAGAAGCUGGCAUUUCUGUUCCAUAUGGAUUGGUUGCAAAGACACCAGAGGAAGCUUACAACAUUGCAAAAGAAAUAGGUACAAAGGACCUUGUUGUAAAGGCACAAGUUUUAGCUGGUGGUAGAGGGAAAGGAACCUUUGAAGGUGGCCUUAAAGGAGGAGUGAAAAUAGUAUUUUCUCCAGAAGAAGCAAGAGAGAUUUCCUCCAGAAUGAUUGGGAAAAAACUGUAUACAAAGCAGACAGGAGAAAAGGGCAGAAUAUGCAAUCAAGUGUUUAUCUGUGAGCGCAGAUAUCCCAGGAGAGAGUACUAUUUUGCAAUAACCAUGGAACGAUCAUUUCAGGGUCCUGUACUCAUUGGCAGUUCUCAGGGUGGUGUCAAUAUUGAAGAUGUCGCUGCAGAGAAUCCUGAUGCCAUAGCUAAGGAACCAGUUGACAUUGUAGAAGGCAUUCAAAAGGAGCAGGCCAUCAGGCUGGCCAAGAAAAUGGGGUUUCCUGCUAAUUUGGUAAACGAAGCAGCUGAUAAUAUGAUUAAGAUUUACAACCUCUUCAUUAAAUUUGAUGCUACUAUGGUAGAAAUUAACCCCAUGGUUGAAGAUUCUACAGGGAUUGUGAUGUGUAUGGACGCAAAGAUAAAUUUUGAUAGCAAUUCGGCUUAUCGUCAGCAGAAAAUAUUCGACCUGCAGGACUGGACCCAGGAAGACCAGCGAGACAGAGAUGCAGCCAAAGCAGAUCUCAAUUAUAUAGGAUUAGAUGGAAGCAUCGGAUGUCUUGUGAACGGCGCUGGUCUUGCAAUGGCCACUAUGGAUAUAAUUAAACUUCAUGGAGGCACCCCAGCAAAUUUUCUUGAUGUUGGAGGUGGUGCCACAGUGCAACAAGUAACAGAGGCCUUUAAACUGAUUACAUCAGAUAAAAAGGUGCAAGCUAUUCUGGUGAAUAUUUUUGGAGGCAUUAUGCGAUGUGAUGUGAUCUCACAGGGAAUAAUUAUGGCAGUAAAAGAUUUGGAGAUUAAAAUACCUAUUGUUGUACGGUUACAAGGUACACGAGUUGAUGAUGCUAAAGCUUUAAUAACAGCCAGCGGUCUGAAAAUACUUGCCUGCGAUGACUUGGAUGAAGCUGCUAAAAUGGUUGUGAAACUCUCUGAAAUAGUCACCUUAGCAAAGGAAGCUCAAGUGGACGUUAAGUUUCAGUUACCAAUUUGAUCAGACAUGUAAUGGUUCGUGUUCCCCAAACCCUUGUUGUGUUCAGCUUUCUAAAAUACUGUUCUAUUAUUAUUUCUUCUAUUAUGUAUGUGAAGAUUUUACUUGCUUGAUAGGCAAGCUUGUAUCACCUUCCUGUUAAUAUUCAAAGUGUUUGCUGUAAUAAAAAAAAAAGUUAAAUACUUAGUUGCAGUCUCUCCUUCAGUUACAGCUACAGGAACAGAUGCUCUUCAUAUGGGGAAAUACAACCUUGAGGCUGAAAAUGUGUGUUCCAAACAAAAAAAUAAAAAGUC